CUAGAUUCCAUAACUGUGAGAUCACGACCUGAGCCAACAUCAAGAGUUGGCUCCUUAUCCAACUGAGCCACCCAGGUGCUUUAGGAUUUUGCUUUUUUUUAUAUGAUUUCAACUAUAGAAAAGUUGGAUUAGUUCAGAAAGUCCCAUAUACUCUCCCCAGAUUUACCAUUCACUUUUCAGUUUUUUGCUUUAUUUGUCCUUCUCUCUCAAAAUAUGUGUGUAUAAUUUUUUUAACCAUUUGAGACUAAAUUGCACACGUGCUUCCUUUGUAAGUACUUCAGCAAGAAUUUGCUAAGACCAAGGACAUUGUUUUUCGUAACCACGGUGUAGUAAUCAAAAUUAGAAAAUUUUAACAUAGACGCAUUGCUAUUACUUAAUCCAAAGUCCAUAUUCAAAUUUUGUCAGUUGACUUAAUGUUCUUAAAAAUGUUUUUUUGAAUGAAUGGAUGAACAUCUAUAGAACAUUUCUAAUAUGGUUUUACUCAGAUUAUAACACAAAGUAAAUAUUAGGACUCUAGGAAAACUUUCUGCAACUUUAUUCUUGAAUAGUGUAAGAACAAUUUCCUACAUAUUGUAUCCUGAUGAUUUAGUUCUAAUAGGCAUUCGCUGCUGUUGUCAUAGAGGUGAGUGUUAAAUUCAUGCAGGAAUAAGGGCUGUGGUUAAAAUCCACUUAGGAGCCCAUGUGGGAAUGUGGUGCAACAGAACAAUAGCAACCAGUCAUAUAAAGUGUGAACAGCUUUUCUUUGUAAGUAAAAUUCUGAGAAAUAAUUCUGUCUUUUGUGUCCCAUUUCUGGAUGUGUGGAAACUGAAAUGGUUUAAUGAGUAUAGCUUUGAAAUUCAGGAUUCAAAUAGUCUUAGUCCCUUUGUUUAUAUAAUCGUGUGCGCUUUAAUCUCUAAGGCAAAAGGUCAUUACUUCGUUCUUUUUCACAGGGCCGCUUCCUUGUGCAUCCCUGGAGACUGCACCUUUUUCAUCAUUCAGAAGGCCUGGAGGCCCCAGGGCUCAGCCUGAGUUCUAGGAUGGUACUUUGGUCCCCAGCAUUAAUAUUCUAGUGCUGUGUCAUUUCCCUAAUAGCAGGUUUUAAACCAACUACACCGUAUGUGAUCCUCUGUUGGAACAAGAAGACAAACUCUGGAUGGUGGAGAACAAAGUGGAAAGGAAAUUUGUUCAGGUCGUUUCCAGGCUUUUGAACACACAAGUGUUCCUGAGGAAGGAAGAGGAAGACAGACUUAAGAAGCCUGAGAAGAUGAUGAGCAGAUAGACAACAAGAUUUGGGAGGCAAGUUGCAUCCAUCUCCAGUAAAGUACUGAGGAAAAAAAGCAGUGAACUAAGAAAAUUGGAAGGAUACUGCUUCUGAUCUCAGACCUUAUAUCUUUAAGCAAACACCUUUUUCAACUUACCUGGAAAGAGUGUGAAACAAAAUUUAGACUUAAUUGUGAGGGAAGUUGUGUAGGGGAGAAUCAUUAAUUUAACUAGGAAAUCCUGCCUCUGCUUGCUCCUUAUGCUAAUAACCACCUUUAAAUGUAAAUCAGUGUGGAAAUGUCUUCAGUUAAAACCAUUUGAACUCCAUAGAAAAACCCUAUGAAAUUACUGAAUGUGGCAAAACUUUCACUCACAUGUCACACCUCAUUAAAUGUAGAAGUCAGGCUUAAGAGAAACCCUGUUCUAAGGAAUACUGAAGAGCCUUUAGCUAGAUGACAGAUCUCUGAGCAGAAGAAAAUUUUUUACUGGAGAGAAACCAGUGAAUAUAACAAAACUUCGUUGAUCAUUAGAAAAUUUGGACAGAAAGCUUUUAAAUGUACUGAGUAUGAUAUAGUCUUCUCUCGAACUUUAUCCCUUCCUCUAUAUUUGAAAGGUCAUACACAGAGAAUCCUUACAAAUGUAAGAAAUAUGGAAAUUCCUUCAGCCAAAAGUAAAUCCUAAUUCAUCAAAAAAUUCAUACUGGAGAGAAACCUUGUGAAUGUGGGAAAGCUUCCAUUCAGAUGUCACACCUCAGUCAGCAGAAAAUUUGUAGUGGGGAAAACCCCUUUGCCUGUAAGGUAUGUGGGAAAGUCUUCAGCCACAAAUCAAAUCUUACUGAGCAUGAACAUUUUCAUAAUAGAGAGAAACCUUUUGAAUGUAACGAAUGUGGAAAAGCCUUUAGCCAGAAGCAAUAUGUUAUUAAACAUCAGAACACCCAUACCGGAGAGAAGCUUUUUGAAUGUAAUGAGUGUGGAAAAUCCUUCAGCCAGAAGGAAAACCUUCUCACCCAUCAGAAAAUUCACACUGGAGAGAAACCUUUUGAGUGUAAGGAUUGUGGGAAAGCUUUCAUUCAGAAGUCAAACCUCAUCAGACACCAGAGAACUCACACAGGAGAGAAGCCUUUUGUAUGUAAGGAAUGUGGAAAAACCUUCAGUGGCAAAUCUAACCUUACCGAGCAUGAGAAGAUUCAUAUUGGGGAGAAACCCUUUAAAUGUAGUGAAUGUGGAACAGCUUUUGGCCAGAAGAAGUACCUCAUAAAACAUCAAAACAUUCACACUGGAGAGAAACCCUAUGAAUGUAAUGAAUGUGGAAAAGCCUUCUCUCAACGAACAUCACUUAUCGUACAUGUGAGAAUUCAUUCAGGUGAUAAACCUUACGAAUGCAAUGUAUGUGGAAAAGCCUUCUCUCAAAGUUCAUCUCUUACUGUGCAUGUGAGAAGCCAUACAGGUGAGAAACCCUAUGGUUGUAAUGAAUGUGGGAAAGCUUUCUCUCAGUUCUCAACCCUUGCUCUGCAUUUGAGAAUACACACAGGUAAGAAGCCUUAUCAAUGUAGUGAAUGUGGGAAAGCUUUUAGCCAGAAGUCACACCAUAUUAGACACCAGAAAAUUCAUACUCAUUAAAAAACCCUGUAAAUAUCUUAAAAAUUGGAAAGUGUUCAUCAGGAAUUUAAACCUCAUAGCACAUCAGAAAUGAUCAUACUGAAAGAAUAUAUCACAAAUGAGGAAAACAAAAGCUAAAAAGUUACUGGACACCAUGGAAUUUAUACUGAAGAGAAAGACAUUUAUAUGAUAAAAAUCCUGGGCCCCCAGAAAAGCUGAUGGCCUAGGUAAUGCUGAAACUUUAGAUGCAUUUCCACCAAACAUGCUUCUUAUUGCUGUCUGCAUUUAUCUGGAGAUCUUCACCAGUGUAAUCAAAAUAUAAGUUUUAAGUAUUGGCAAGGAAGAGACUUUCAUGGUAUUGAUUUAGUAGAACAGAAGAGAUUCUGGAAACACCUAUGCAUCUAUUAAAAUUUAGAAUAUGAUAGAAAUGGCAAUAGGAGGUGAGAAGAUAAUGGGACUAUGUAAAAAGUGAUUUGGAGGUAAUUUGUUCUCCAAGGAAAAAACAGACCAUGAACUAUAAACAGAGGUAAGAACCAAGAGGAUAAGAACAAGAAUAUAAGCUGUAUACUGAAAUGGUUAUGACCUUGGGAGUAGGGAGACAUUCCUUAUAAUCUCAAAAAUUCUCUGAAUUUCUAUGCUUAGGAAAUAUGUACCAGUCUGCUUACUGUGGCAUGAUUUGUAGUUAGCCAUAAGUUGGAAACACCUUAAAUGCCCAUUGGGAACAAAAUGGAAAAUACUUAUGAUGGAAUACUGUAUAUCUGUAAAAUUUAGCAAUUGAGAUCUAUAUUACAGAGAAAGAUCUCAAAAAUCAUGUUGAAGGGGGAAAAUGAAGUUGCAGAAUAACAUAUAUUACAAUGCAUUUUGUAAAUUUUAACUAAAACUUUACUCACAAAAUUCAGUACUAUGUAUUGGUAAUGGAUAAAUAUAUGUAUGUAUGUUUUUAAAAUGUUUUGAAAUGGAUUGGAAGGAUACAGACCAAACUCUUGAUAGUGGUUGCUUGUGAAGAGUGGAGCAGGGAAGGGGAUGAGUGUGGGAGGGAUGGGAUGGGGACUGUUUAAAGGGGGGGUUUCAUUUUUAUAUAUAAAUAUCCAUUUCUCUUAAAAACUAAAGACUGCAAGUAAAUAUAUCAAAAUACUGGAUAAUUCUGAUUGUGGUAUAUGGAUAUCUUGUCUUAUUUUUUGUACUUUUCUGUAUUUUUAAAUUUUCUCAAAAUUAAUAAGAAUGGGGGUGAGGAUGGGAACACUGUACCUAUAGAAAUCAUGUUCUAAUGGAUUCAUUCCCAAUCAAGUACUAAACUUUUUAUAGAAAAUAUUUCUAAAAUUUUAUCAAUGAUGAGUGGAUGGACUUGCUCUCUAUGUAAUAUGAAAUUAUCUAUUUUAUUAAAAUUAAAAAUGAUCACAUAAUCCAAA